AUGAAAAAUAGUGCCAACAAACAGAAAAGAAAAAAUAAAAAUAAAUUUACAUUACACGAAGAAAAGGAAAAGGAUAGGAGAAAUGUAGAAAGCGUAAAUAAUGAAAAUUCAUUCGACUUAUAUGAAGAAUACAACAAAAAUGUUUUCCCAAAUACCAGGAAUAGAGUAAUAACAAUAGAUGCUUCUCUUCAAAUAUCAAAUAACAAAAAUGUACUAGAGAGGAAUAAGGUAUCACCGAAAGGAUUGUACAUCAAUUCGAAGGAGAAUAUACACUAUGGGUCCAAUGAAAAUGAAUUGUUUGCAGAAGAUAUUUUUGAAAACGAAAAUUUUCAUGAGGUGAAUUUUGUUGAAGAUGAAAAUAUGGAAUACAAAACAUAUAAUUCUUACACGAACUCAAAGGUUAAAUUGUUAUCUAAAUAUUUAUUCCAAGAUAAAAAAAAGAAAACUGACAAUAUGCAAAAAAAAAACAAAAUUAGUAAACAAGAACAGCAACUGUCUUAUAAGGAAUAUUAUUAUAAUAAUGAAUCUUCUAAAGAAAAUCAUAACGAGUUCGAUUCAGACAUUAUUAAAUUUCUCAACAGGAAUAAGAAAAGCAUAGAAUAUGAUAAGCAAAAUGAAGGCCACUACAAAAAAGGAGUUAUACACACUUAUGAUUCUAAUAACAAGUAUAAUAUUAAGCGAGAGAAACAAAAAAACUAUCAUGUUGUUAAGGAAGACAAGAAUAACCAUAAGCAUUAUCAACAGGAUAAUGCAGACUAUUACGAUGCUGAACAGGUGGAUCAAGACAACGAAAAAGAAGAACGGGAAGAGGGAGAAGAAGAAGAUCAGGAAAGAGAUAAUAAUAGCUAUUCCGAUGAUGAUAGAGAUAAUAAUGGCUAUUCCAAUGAUGAUGGAGAUAAGAGUAGUUAUUCCAAUGAUGAUGGAGAUAAGAGUAGUUAUUCCGAUGAUGAAGGAGAUAACAAUGAUUAUGACCCAAAUGACAAUUAUUAUGACGGCAUUGGCAAUCUGACAGAAAAAAAAAAUUGCGGAGAUCAAAUUUGUAAACAUUUUCUCAAAAAUGCGUAUAAGAAUAUAAAUAUGCCAACGGAAGGAGGAAUUUAUGAUAAAAAGGAAGAAGACUAUUUUGAAAAAGAAAUAAUGAAUCCUAUAGAGGAGGAUAAUAAAUGGAAUAUCACAGCAUAUGAUAAUUACGCAGGUAUGUAUGGAAAUAAAAACAAUUAUGAAAUCAAAUUUGGUAGUGGAAAAAGCGGAGACGAUGAGGAGGAAAAUAUAAAGAAUAAGGAACAAAUGCAAAAUAAAAAUUUCGUGAAAAUAAAUUUGAAUGAAAUUAAUUUAAAAAAAACAUAUAUUCCAUGUAACAAACAACAUAAUAUUCAAAGGAAUGGUAUGGAAAUUAAAUCACCAAUAAGAAACACUUUGAACAUUGGAAAACCAAAUUUAAGCAUUAAUAAAUAUAAUUUUAAUACCCUUAAUAGAGAAGAUAAUCUAAUUAAGUUUAAUAUCAAUGCCAACAUUAGAAGUAGUGAUAAUAAACCGAAUGGUAAAGAGGAGAGGAUAAGCGAAUUUGAGUAUAUGCCUACUUCAUUAAGACAGAAUGUGUACGAAGGUAGGGGUAAUUAUUUUUUAGAAAAAAGAGAAGCAAAAAGAAAAGAAGAUUUAAAUUUCGGGGAAGUAGAAUAUAAAGAUCAUCCAUUUAGGGAAGAAAUUGAAAAGAAGGAUAUUAAUACCGAAGAAAAAAAAAAAAAAAAUAUCAAAAACUUUUUAGACAAAAUAAAGCGCAGAAAAAGUAAUGAAGAUUUUUUAAAAAGGGAAUGUAGUAAAUAUGAAAAUUCAGAAAAAAUAGAUAAAAAAGACAAAUUUAAAAUGAAAUUUACAGAUAUUCUGUACACACGAACAUUAGGUAAUUUUUUCAGUCGUAACAAAAAUAACAUUGCAAAAUCUUUGUCACCACAACGAGAAAGAGAUAGUAGUAUUGAUUCAUCUGUUACAUCAAGUAAUACAAAAAAGUUCGAUCCGAAUAAUUAUCGUAAGCAGCACCAGAAACAUGAUCAGUUCCAUGACCACAAUAGUCAUCAUGGCAAAAAUAGAACUCUUCUGCACAUGUACGCAAUAAAGGAGGAAUUAAAAUAUUAUAAGACAGGGAAUUCAGAAAAAAGGUUAGAUAAUAUUUCGAAUGAAGAGAAAAUCCGUAUUGACAAUGCUGAUUAUUACAUGAAUUCACUGGGAAAUGAAAAAGUGGACAUUUUAGACAGUGAUGGAAAAACAUAUGAUAAAGGCAUAUUUCACAAAAUGCCAAACGUGAUGAACAAGCAAGUUUUUUCUUCCAAAAGGUUUGAUUCGUGCAAAUUUUACAAUCAUGUAGGAGUGCCUAAUUCUGCAUUAGAUAAUAAAAUAAAUGAAUAUAACAAAUCCUCUGGUAACAGAAGAAAAUCUCAUCUAGAGAACUUAACAAUAUCCACUUCAAAGCACACCUUUGGAGACCACACAAAAAUUGACGAUAAUACAAUAAACUCAAAUAGUAUAAUAAAUGGCAUAUAUAACAAGAGUUUUCACUCUACUAAGUAUGAUUUAGAUGCAGUUACUAGCAGUAGACAGAUGAUUGUAAAAGAAAACAUUCCUCCUCAACAUCUACAGUUGUGUUACAAAAGUACACUUGGGAGGGAAAAAGCAAUCAUAGGAUCGGAAAAUAACCAAAAGGAAAAGGAUAUCAUGACACAAGAAUUAGAUAGAAGAGACGAAGAAUUAGACAGCAGAGACGAAGAAUUAGAUGUUAAAAUGGACCAAACGCUAAGUAGAAAGAUGAUUGAAAAUAAUGAAUUAAAGAAACGAAAUGAAAAUAAUGAUGAUGUUCUAACGACCCCAUUUUAUAUAAAAAGUAAAAUAGACAAGGUUUUAAAAAAUAGUGAAAUUUUCGAGAGGUCUGCUAGAGCAACCUUUCAGCAGUUUGAUGUGAAAAAUAAAAAUUUUCUCCACUUCAGUGAGAUCGAGUCGCUCAUACAGAAGCUUUGUUUUAACCUCGAAUUACCUCCCGUAGACAAAAACAUCCUUUCAAUUGUUUACAAGGACUACGACAGCAGCAAAAAUAAUAGCAUGAACUACACAGACUUCCGGCAAAUGUACUGGGAUUUGCUAAAACAGAUAAAGAAAAAAUAUUAUCCAACGAAGAAUUUAAAAAUAAAAAGAAACUGUAUUAUAAGCAGAAAGAAAUUAGGAGGAUAUGGUUACUCAUCAAUUUACAACUACCUAAGUUUCAAGAAAAUUCUUGGGUGUGGUGCAUUUGGCGAAGUACACUUAGUUGAAGAUAACAUUUGCAAGAUUUAUAAGGUUGUAAAAAUAUUAAAAAAAAAAAAAUUGAAAAAUAUUAAAAUAAAUGAAGAAAUUAAUGUAUUAAUCUAUUUAGAUCAUCCAAAUAUAAUAAAAAUAUUUGAUGUCUAUGAAAAUGUUGACUGUACCUAUAUAGUUAUGGAACUUUGCGAAGGAGGGGAACUAAUGGAUAAAGUAAUGAAUUCAGCAAUUUUUAAUGAAGAAUACAUAAAAAAUAUUAUGUUUCAAAUUUUAUGUGCAAUAGCUUAUAUGCAUAGUAAUAAUAUAGCUCAUAAGGAUUUAAAACCAGAAAACAUUUUAUUUAAAGCUAAAGGUGAUGAUACUUUAAAAAUUAUAGAUUUUGGAUUAGCAGAAUUAAUUAAUCAAACAGAGGGGGUAAGCAAAACAGCUGCAGGAACUAUUCUCUAUAUGGCACCAGAAGUUUUUAAAAAAAAUUUUACAAUAAAGUGUGACAUAUGGUCAGCAGGAGUAAUUAUGUUUUUUUUAUUCUCCAAAAAUUUGCCCUUUUGGGGGAAUACCUAUGAGGAAAUUAAGCUUAGUAUAUUUAAAGAUGAACCAGAUUACAAAAGUUUAAAGGGGAAGUUAUCUCAGCCUGCUUUGCACAUGUUGAAACUCAUGCUACAAAAGGACCAUACCAAGAGGCCAAUGGCUGCCGUGCUCUUGCAUCACCCAUGGUUCCAGGGUUUCCUCGAUCCAAUUGUAAUAAACCAAAGCACCCUGAAUAACAUAAAAUCGUACAUGAAACAGUCGAAUAUAAGGAACAUUAUAGUAAACAUAAUGGCACAUGAGUUGAGUGUGAUUGACAGUCAUUUGAAGUACAUCAAUAACCUCUUUUGUAAAAUAGAUACUAAUCAUAAUGGUUCACUCAGCCAUGGAGAAAUUUAUUCUGUUUUGUCAAAUACGGGUAUUAAAAAAUGGGACAUCAAUCGAAUUGUCCAAGCGUUGGACAUCAAUGAUAGAGGAAGCAUAAAUUACACAGAAUUCAUUGCAGGGUGCUACCAAUGGAAGAACAUAGAAUCCACCUUUUUAAAGGCAGCUUUCAACAAGAUCGAUAAGGAUGAAGAUGGGUACAUCAGCAAAAGUGACAUUGUCACAUUGAUGAAUGAUAAAGUCAUAGAAAGUCAUGACGUGGAUAAUUUUUUCAUGUCUGUGUUUCGUGUUAAAAAGGGCUUAUCCUGUGAGAGGAGAGCCAAUCGGAUAAACUUCGAAGAUUUUAAGGCGUAUCUAUUAAGCACAUUUUAA